AUGACAGAAAGAAAUGAAUUCCCAGCUGAAUAUGAGAGAGCAAGGAAGAUGAAAAGAUUUUCAGGUAACUUUUGUUCCAGCAUCCUUCUGCUUCCAGCACAGGCUGAACCUUCCUGCCCUAAAAACAGACGUCCACAGUCACCUGUGACCAGUGUUGGUGCCUCAGCAGAUUUUUCUGCUCCACUGGAAAUGUUAAAGUUGAAAGCGCUUAAAAAGAAAGUAGACGAGGGAACUGACGGACUCCAUAUGCAUCUCAAAAGAGAUAAGUUAGAUGUGUCAGAGAUUAUGGUGCUGAAAAACAAACCAGUUAAUAACAGCCGACAGUGUGUUGUGGAGCUUGCCAAGGAGGAAUACCAGUUCAUACCUUCAUACCUGGCUGGUAUAACUAAAACUGAACAGUUUAACAAGUUCCUACAUUUCCAGAAGGAGUUCAUAGCAAAGCAUGAACCAUUGCAGAAUGAUUUCACAGGGAGCAAAGUAUCAGAGCAGCACGAAAGAAAGCUGGCUAAGGAGCUCCAGAAAAUCUGUGGCUGUCAUCCCCUCCAUUUCAAGCAACUACAGGUUGUUGAGGAAGUAUUUGAAGAUAUAUAUAACAGCUCUCUGAUAUUUGGUGAUAUUCUGAAGGAAAUUGAGGCUGUGAAGGCUCAGGUCAAAGGGAUGGAAAAAAAGCCUUCAAAGGCUCCAGGAAUACAGGCACUUGGGAAAGAUGUGCAGGUUCUCAUGAAGAAAGCCAGUACUGCUCUGGAAAAAACCAAAGAACUGAAAAAUGAAUUAGAAAUGGCGCUAUGGAUAAGCCAGACUCCAGAAGAUAAAACAGAAACCUGCAGCAGACAUGAGACAAAGAGGAUAGCACAAAAACCAUUUUCUGUUUCUGAACAGCUUGAAUCUAUGAGGUGUAAAGUUCUUGAUAAAUGGGAGGAAAUGAACAUACUAGAGACUGAGAAGAAAGAAACAAUGGUUUAUGCUGGGAUGGUGGAUAUCAUGGAAAACAAUCUUAAAGAAAUAGAGGAAGUUGAAGGAAAUAUCACAGAAAUUUUAGAUAAACUGAGAAUCACUCAGGAAAAUCAAAGGUGA